AAUACCGAACCAGCCCUCAGAGGACAGAGCAACUCUAAUAAUGACACACAUCGAAGUUGACGCACAAGCACCGCCGGCCACGGCGGAAACGAAGACAACUCCGACAUUAUAGAAGACAGUUUUGAUGUCAUAUUUACUACCGUUGCAAUGGCCUCACUCUCACAGCGAAGAGCUCCCGCUUUCCACGGAAGAAUUUCAAUCUUGAAGAGAAGAUGAUAAGCUUUUGUCGACUAGUAACAGCUACAGUGAUAUAUUACGGAAAGUGGCAAUGGUGAAAUUAUUAAUUUCAGGGCCAAAUGCUGAAUUUAUAAUAGACAAAGUUUGUAUUUAUGGGGAGACUGAAGUUGAAAGGAAUUCGAAACAAACAGACAAUAUUAUGGGUUUCCCCUCUUCAAGCUGCUCAUCUACGUAUUUUGUUUUUAUUGUUAUUGUUUCCAAAUUAAAAGUUCAUGGAUCGACUUCCUAAUUUUCCUCCAAAAGGCAUCCUCCAGUCGGAAGAGCUUAAAGAGAAUUUGCAUGUUUUUUGUUGUCAGUACAUCUUUAAAACUAGUGUAUAUCCUAGAGAGCAUGAGGAACUCAAACAUAUACGAGAAGCUACUAUCAACAAGUAUGGACUCAGGAGUAUAGCAUCUGUGCCGGUUGAUGAAGGGCUAUUUCUGACAAUGCUUAUGAAGAUAAUGAAUCCAAAGAAAACAUUGGAGAUUGGUGUUUUUACUGGCUAUUCUCUCUUAGCAACCGCACUUGGGUUGGCUGAUGAUGCCCAGGUAACAGCAAUUGAUACAGAUAAAGAGGCUUAUGAAGUUGGAUUACCAUUCAUUCAAAAGGCAGGUGUAGAUCACAAAAUCAAUUUCAUCAACUCAGAUGCUGAAUCCGUUCUAACGAAAAUGUUGGACAAUAAUGAAGGUUUGGAAGAAAUUGAUUUUGCAUUUGUGGAUGCUGAGAAACACAAGUACAAGGAAUACCAUGAGCCAUUGCUGAAACUGGUCAAGGCUGGAGGAAUAAUUGCAUAUGAUAAUACCUUAUUUUUCGGACUUGUUGCUCAACAAGAAGACACUGUCCAAGAGAAUCUCAGGAUAGCAACAAAUGGUAUAUUGGAACUCAAUGAAUUUUUGGCUAACGAUUCUCGCAUCGAGAUUUCACAAAUUUCUAUCGGAGAUGGUCUCACCUUAUGCAGGCGUCUUUAAUGCAAUUUAAUCACCUCUUAAUUAUUUGUAUUCUCAUGUAUGAUCAUUACCAGACUUGUUUUAGCUGUGGUGUUUGUUUUUCCAUUUUUAAUGGAAGAAGAGCUAUGUCUAAUAAAAAAUUAGCCAAACCCAUAUAAAGGUCCUUGUAUUUUACACUUUUUUUUCUGUAGGUCCUUAUACUUCAUUUUUGUAUUAUCUGGUCCCUCUAUUUAUCUAUUUUUGAUUUUCAGGUCUUUUGUGAGUUUUUUCCAGUCCCUCUACUUACAAUUUUUGUUUCCUCCAGUCCCUCUACUUACAAUUUUUGUUUCCUCCAGCCACACAAAAAGACCAAAAAAAACUCAUAAAGGACUUGAAAAUCAAAAAUAGAUAAGUAGAGGGACCAAAUAAUAGAAAAAUGAAGUAUAAGGACCUACGGAAAAAAAAGUGUAAAGUACAGGGACCUCUAUAUGGGUUAAGCCUAAAAAAUUCUAUAAAAUGAUAAAGACAUAUCCAUAAUUCAAUAAUACAUCUGAUAGUUAAUUUUUUUUUC